CCAGAUAACCACAUUGUGAGGCACGGUGAGCGAAUAUCAGAAAAUUCUAUUUCUUUGCUCCAUGAUAUCCAGGUCUUCAACAUCCGCGUUCGCUCUCGGCAAGAGAUAUCUGCAGAAUGCCAAAGGACGUGUCCAGUUUAUUUACCUGGACACCUAGCGUCAUGUACAAUCAUGUACAUGCCUGAACGGAGGUGAGCGCACCGGCUGAGCUGAGCACGGAGCGGACCAUAGCGCAGUAUGAUCGAGCAGCCGGUACCUACCGUCAACCUCCGCAAAGUGUAGUCUAGUUCUCCGAAUUUCUGCCAUGUAUCGUAGAGGGUGAACUGGCCUGGAGCGGCUCUCCAACGGACACUAGCGACAUGUCCAGAAGAAAUCCCAGCACCGGAAGCUCUCCCGUAGCUGCAACAGCUGAGAUAUCGGCCAUUGCUUCGACCCAUGUACAGCAGGUGGCAAACACUAUGCGGCAGAACAUCGGGGCUAAGCCCGGCAAAGUACAUGUACCCCCAUUCGGUCAUCUGACAGUGCUGGAAUACACGCACGCCAUGAAGGAAGAAAGCGACGAGAUGCAGUUCUACUACAAGCACAUGCUGCGCGAACUGACAGCAUGCUGCAGCAGACUGACGAGCAAGAGCAGUGAGGAACGGCUGCAGGAUCGGCACCAUCGCUCCGUCCUGGUAUGCAAGAUGACGGAGAUAGCCGGCAAGCAGGACGCUCACAACAUCGGCGUGCUGCGCAAGCGUGUUGCUAUGGCAAUGGCCGCUGAUGGACUCCCUCGAACGGACGAACACAUCACCAACAUGAUACGAUCCAUGUUGUACCCCGGCGAUAGCCGCCAUCCUUACCAAGCUCUUCUCCACACUAUCCACGACCCUGGCUUCGUCUCCCUGCAGGCCAAGGAUCUGGGCCUGCAGUAUCCGGAUCGGCAAAGGAACCAGCCGGACCGCGUCUGGGCGAUGGUGCUCCAGAAGCUGCCCGAGCCGUUCCGGACGAUAGAGCGUAUCGUCGAGGAGCUGGUGGAGCAGGCUGCACAGGUGGUGCACAUCAGACAGGAGCUGGGCCAUGCUAGAUGUACCGUGGAGCACCCUCCGCUGCCCUUCUCACUGCCCAGUCUAGUAGUCACUGAGAAGGAUCUACACAUGCCUGCCAGUACAGCUGAACAGCAGGGAGUAGAGCAGCUUCAGCCGGCUGGUGACCAUCAGACCACUGUCAAUGCUAUUCCCACUAUACGACCAACGCGGGACGACAGCAAGUUUAUCGGAAAGGGACCCAUGCCGUUCCGCGGCGAAACGGCUGACGCAGACGGCAAGGGCAAUCAUUCCUGGCUGGGCAGCAAGUUCUCGCCUUCGUUUGAUGGUUGCUUGUACAACGUAAACCCACAUGGACUCCGAGCAUCAUUCUUCGAUCUCAAUCAUCACCCGGAACCCCGGCGGCAAAGUGCAGACGAUGCAGUGUUCAAAACGAAUAAAGAAUUCCUCGAUCCAGAUAGCAAGUCGCACUCGACGGAAGAGGAUUUACAGGAGGCGGGAAACUCGUUUGGUAUCUACUACGACUUCAAGAAUACUAUUAGCGGCACCACAGACAUCACACAGAAAUGCAUACUGGAUUGCGCACCGUUUACAGUGGAAACCCUGCCCUGGGAUGUCAUGGCUGCGCACUAUAAGACAGUUUCUAGUUCGGCGGUCAAGUCAUGCGUUCAUAUCCUGUGCUUCAACAGCCGCUGCUUUGUGCCGAUUGGCAAGCUGGCUUUUGCGGAUAUCGCUGGUACAGUGUCGACAAUGCAUAUGUCUCCCUAUGCUGACUGCCUAGCUAUCAUUACAGAAGAGGACCCAUCGGUGAUUAGUAUAUUCUCGUGGAAUCUCAGCACGGUUAUCAAGGACCUCGAGCAGUUCCAGACGUCUAUAGCUACGGGGACAGGGCUUGUUACGGUGCCAAGGUUAUCCGCGAAGCUGGUUCGCCUGCGUCGUAUUGCAGCUCCGCUGACGCUGGUCGCUGGCCUCUGUCUGCCGCCCACCGACAAGUUUGUGUACCUCGAGGAGCUCUCCGGCGCUAACCAGACGAGCAGAAAUCCUAGCAAUACUGAGACACCGCUGCAGAGGAUCACCAGCAAGGUGCAGCUGGAGGCCUUGAUGCGGAAAACCAUACGCCAACUGGAGCGUGGCCAUGUACAGACCAGUGAAUUAGCCAGAGUGAUGAAAGAAGCCGAGAUCACAACGUUUGCGCCUAUCAUUGCCUUCACUAGUCGCUCGUUGGUGGAAUACGUUGGAAAGCAGUCGAAGAAACAGUCCAAAGGCCAGCCCGCUGAAGACCGCACACGAACCAACUCCCUAGUAGCUGUCUACAAGCACUGCAAUGAGCAAAUCUAUCACUACCAUCUACCGGAUAAACCACAGACAGUUGCUCUCAAUGGUUCUACAUCCUCACAGCUGGCACAAGUAUGCAGCUGCGACUUCAUAGAGAUCUUUCCAUCAGGUAUUGCCAAGGCUUGGCACAUUGCAACAUCGGAGUGGCUAGUGUGUGUAACGAAGGAUCAAACUAUUGGACUUAGGGACCUCAAGGAUGGAUUUACCCUAUUCUUCACAUCGAUGCCGCCAGAGAUCGGGAUAAUCAAGACAAUCACAGCGGUCGAGACUUCGCACAUAUCGCCACGGCAACAACACGAUGGUGAAACUGGUGAAGCGGGGACUGGCAAUGAAGCUGCCGUUGUAAAGUGCCGCUCUAGGACGGGAGUGUUGCUGGUGGGCAGUACAAAGGGACGCCUGGCCACGUUUAGGUUUACUGCACGCCAGGGCUCCUGCUUGGGCUUUGGAACUUUCAAUAUAGGAUCAGAUCCCUGGCCGCGUAUAGACAAGGGGACCAUUACCAGCAUAUUUCCAGCAGGGACGGCAUACCCAGAACUGGUGUUCUGUGUGUAUGAGAAUCACGUAGUUGGUGUACACAGUCUCCACACUGGUGAUCUGCUACAUCUGUUCUACGGUCUGGAUUACCAACACUUAGCUGCCUUACCGGCUAUGACCAGUUGCCAUGGCAGUCUGCUCAUGGUCAGAUGUCUGGAGGCACAUGCAAAGCACGGCUUCAAACUCUAUGACAGAAGAGAGCACGAAAGGUUUACCUUUGUCACCACCCUCAACCCAUCACCAUUCAGAGCAGCCAGUGACACCUUAGCCUACUCCACACAGAAUGGCUUCUGCCUGUAUAACAUGCGCUGGGUGAGGCAGCUGGAUGCAUACCGUAAGCACAGCAUUGCAGACAAGCGUAUUGGCCAUGCCUAUCAGCUAAACUCUAAACGUACUAGACAGGUUGCAGCAGCAGCUACAGAUGCAGUUCCGCUGAAGGGGAAAGUCCCUCGUAACAGCGAGCUCACUUGGAAACCCCUAGAAGAGUACUUUACCAGCAAUGUGUCUCGACUGCGCAAGCUUGUAGAAGAGCGGCGUGCGAAAGAGGAGAAGAAGGGCAAGAAGAAACCGGUCAAGAUCGGCGGAUAGCACCCGGCAGUGCUGGCUGGAAGUCACCACGUACUUGAAGUACUAUUCAAAGAACAGAACAUUAUCAUCUUGCGUGACUCAGUGCUUGUCCACUGGUCGUCUCCUUGUGCAGCUCAAGAAGAGAAAUGCUGUCCGAAUGACGCCAGACAUCUGCAGUCUGCUUUGCGUAUGCAUUUCAUGCAUGCACGGUCAAUAUGCAAUCUGUUUGCGUUCUCUGUAGGAUGUGAGUGUACCAGAUCUGUCAGAAUGAAUGGAUAUUAUAAUUAUACUACAGUGUAGUGAUUGCUAGUGAGUAUCUAGUACAUGUGUAUUGCUAAUGGUUCUGCUAUUGCCAGUCGAUAUCUAGCACAUACACUGCAUGCUAUCAUGUCAAGACAGCUGAUACCAGUCAGUCUGCACAUGUUUAUCCAGUAGCAAGUGAUGACAUGGCAUAGCCUAUGUGUACAGUAGUGUAUUGUUUCUCGCAUGCUACCGGGUCACGCGUAAUCUGCCAUUUGUU